UGAGUUGCAGAUGAUCACGCGGAAGACUCGCAUACCUCUAUCAGAGGAGGCUCAGGGGGGGCCCUUAAGGCGGAAGCUUCUACCGUAGCAGUAACGGGGGUGACUGCCAGAGCGGAUCGCAUGGCGACAGUCCUUCUUGAUGGGAUGGAAGGUGCGCCUCCAGACAAGUUUUACAUACUCGGUAGUGGGGCCGUGGAGACGAUCAUAAACGAUGGAGCGGUACUAGAUGCUGUGAUCGAUAACGGCAGUGAGGCUGACAUUAUAAACGAGGAUCUGGCAGUACAGGUUGGACUGGGCCUCGAUAGGUCAUACCUAUUCGAGAUAGAGACUGCUAAUGGGAGAAAGCAACAGAUCACUGGGGUUUGUCACAAGGCAGUCAUAGAGGUCCAAGGGGUACGAGUGACCCUACCCGUCUUUGCAGUCAAGAACUGCAGCUUUGAUCUGCUCUUGGAACGAACGUGGUUGAGCCACGUGCAUGCGGUGACGAUAGAGCGACCAGAUGGGAGCCAAACAUUGUCCAUUAAGAAGCUAGAUGGGACGCGGGUUAUGAUUGAGACGGUGGAGUAUCGGGACCCGAGGAACAGAGCAGCUCUCGCAGUGGGAGCACGACCCAGUGAUCAGAUUAAGUCAUUACCUAUCUCUGGCCGCGCGGUGCGAUUUCGUGAGAAGAAGUAUGGACCACUGCUCACAGAGGACAAAGGUCGGAUCGUGGAAGUGGAAGAUUUGGGGAGGUAUGAUGAGGUACCCUUUGAUCCUAGGGACAGGCAUCUCACGGCUAUGCACACGCCAUUGGGACUGAUACAGAUGAUGGUCGUCCCUAUGGGUUGGACUAAUGGGGUAGCCGUUUUUCAGAGAGCCAUGGUAGCCGUCCUCAAGGACUUCAUCCCUGAUAAGGUUGAAGUUUUUCUGGAUGAUUUUCCUAUUAAGGGGCCAGUAAAGAAGGAUGAGACCGAGGUUGUACCACGAGUUAGAAGAUUCGUCGAGCAGCACCUAACAGAUAUUUGCGCGGUACUCGAGCAGCUGGACGAUGCGAAAUUAACGGUCAGCGGAACAAAGAGCCGAUGGGCCGUCUCGACUAUUAAGAUCUUGGGCUUUAUCUGUGACUCGAGAGGACGUCGAGCAGAUCCGGCGAAGCUAGACAAACUCCUGAACUGGCCGUCACCGUUACAUAGUCGAACCGAGGUCCAACAGUUUCUGGGAGUGGUCAGUUACUGGCGUAUAUUCAUACGGGGGUAUGCGGAGAAGGCUGAGCCAUUGAGGUUACUCCUUCAAAAGACUGAAAAAUUUUACUGGGAUUCCUCGCAGGAACUCGCUAUGCAAGAGCUUAAAGACGAAUUUAAGGAGGGAGGACGCAUACUGGGCGUGCCAUUCUUUGACGAUGAGACCGAGAGACCCUUCAUAGUAUCCACGGAUGCUGGACCUUGUUCAGUUGGAGGGUUGCUGUCUCAGAAAGACGUUGAAGGACAGGAAAGGCCGUUAAGGUUUGAGAGUAGGACACUUAAUACGGCAGAACGAAACUACAGUCAAUUCAAGAAGGAAGUGUUGGCCGUUCUACAGUGUCUGGACACGUCCAGACACUAUAUCUAUGGGCGUCGGUUCAUCUUGAGAGUAGAUCCCACAGCGGUUGCCUCUGUCCUCCAGAAGGACUUUAGCCUGACGGACCCGACCAUUGCUCGAUGGCUGAUACGGAUUCGGCUAUAUGAUUAUGCAGUUGAGAGGAUAUCUGGCACUAAAAAUGUCGUGGCAGAUGGGCUUUCGCGCAUCCCUCUUGAGGUCGAGCGCCUGAUAGUAGCUGGGGCCCUGACAUUGGUAGAGCCGAGGUACGCCGAACGAUUUCUGGUUAACCUUUACGAGGGCAAGUACCGAACGAUCGGGCUACACCUGUCAGGAGAGGAGAGUCAAGAAUCAGAUAUCCAGAGACAAGCGGCGCAGUACUGCCUCAGAGCCGGCCAUCUAUUUCGAAGGCCGGUCGGCUCGGGGAUGCCCUUACGAGUAGUCUUUGACCCUGAGGAGAGACAGACGAUAGUUGCGGAACUUCACGACGGGGUAGUCGGAGGACACAGAGGAGUCAAAGAAACCUACGAAAAGGUACGCAGGUUGUACUGGUGGGAAGGACAGUAUAAGGACGUCGAGAGGUACUGCAUGACCUGCGAGGAAUGCCAGAAGAGAGCUCUUGUGAAAUACAAAGAGCCUCUCCAUCCAUCAUAUCCCACCAGACCAAGAGAGAAGGUACACAUCGAUCUGGUGAAGAUGCCGAAAGGAGUAGGCAAUAUGAAAUACGUCGUGAACAUACGAGACGAUUUCACUGGGUUCGUGGACGGUAGACCUAUCAGGAGUAAGACGACAAAGGAAGUGAAGAACUUCGUCCUGGAGUACUUAUGUAAAUAUGGUUGCAUCAGCAAGAUAGUGAUGGACAGAGGGUCUGAGUUUUUAGCUGACGAGGUUCAGAGUGUGUUCAAGAGAGCCGGGGCGAGAGUUUCGAUGGCCACCGCCUACCACCCACAGUCGAACUCCCCAGUAGAGAGGGGGCAUCAGACUCUGAUAGCGUCACUAUCCAAGUGGUGCAAAGGUAAGGACAGUGAUUGGCCACGGUAUUUUCGAUAUGCGAUAUGGGCGGACAACGUCACGGUCCAGGCUAACACUGGGUACCCACCCUACACCUUGUGGUUUGGGCGACAUUUUCCGCACCCCAUAGAAUUUCACAUCGACAGCUGGACGACCAUUGACUGGGCGGAGGAGAUGUCCCGAGAGGAGCUCAUAGCUACCCGAACAAGACAGAUAGCCUACGGCUUGGAAGACAACCUUAUGACAGCGGCAGAUCGUCUGGCAGUGGAAAGGGACAAAGGUAAAGAGAGAUGGGAUAAGAACGUGCGGAUCAAAAAGGAGAGGGUGAGCACAGGAGAUAUGGUCCUUCUCUACGACGCAGCACUGGAAAGGACCUGGACCGGAAAACUCGCAAACAGAUGGAUGAGACCUUACAGAGUGGUUGAGGCACUCGACUGGGGUACAUAUAUGAUAGCGGAAUUAGACGGAUCCAAGUGGAAGGGCCUAGUGGCAGGUGCUAGGUUAAAGUUGUUUAGACCCAGGUCUGCACCCACCUUAUCGCUGACAGGCCCGAAAGGGAAAGGGAAGGCCAAAAUGGAGGAUGGAACUCCCUCGAGGCGAUAUGAGGCGGGAGAGAGUUCCAAGAAGAGGAAAAGGGUGGAGAAAAGAAAGGUCAAAGGGUUGGCGAUGGGAAAGAGGAAGAAAUGGUUAUUCGUGCUCAGGAGAGCCAGACGGAGAGUUCGUAUUAGACAAGCUGACGAGUCGGCACCUAUCACGGGCCGACGUCAGAAGAGAGAGAGAAUCCUUUCCAGGCCAGAUUUUCGAAGAAAAAGGGGAGUCAAGAAGCGUUUUCUUAAUCCCAGAACUCAUAACGAACUGAAACAUAAGACAAUUGAACGCCGACAUGGGCGUCCUUUAUGGGAAAUCACCCUGAAGCUCGUCCGCUUCGUUUUGACGUAAGUGAAAAGGGCUCGACGGGGGCGUCGAGAAGUGGUCCGGGCUAACUGUCAGGCGGUCACAAUAAGUGCGCCGCCUGAAAUCUGCGGUUUUGGGACUUAGGCUCAGGGACAAGUCCGUGUUUUGACGGUACUCUGAUAUGACCAGGCAACAAAAAUUAGGGGAACUC